CAUUUUGUGUCGCUCGGCUAUUUCCGUGUUUCCGAGCAGGGGCCGAUGAAACUGUGUCAGCAGCAGGGAGUAUGGCUCUGCUCGCAGGUCGGGAGUGCGGCUAAACUUUUUUUCGUAGCACAACGUAACUAUUGACAGUGUCUCAGAAACGCAUUUAACAUUCGGUUUUAUACGGCGUGGUGUCUCAAAGACGUCUUGUAAGUCGAGUCGGAGAGCACAGACCCUGACAGCUGCGAAGUAAACAGCUAAAGGCUAACGGCCAACUAGCUCCAGUGUGACCGCCGCUAGCUGGUAAACCUUCGACGGCGGGCUAACGUUAGCCGGCUAACCCUUGUUUUUGGUGGCGUUAAGUUACAUCACCGCCACUUGCCAUCAGUACCCUCCCUCCUGACUUAAUUUUUGUCAACCUGCUCCGAUCACUGGACACUAAUUCGACUCUUUCCAUGCAUGUUGUUUGGGGAACAACUUCUCUCCCAUACCUCCUGUUCUUCGAGCCAGGGUGUCGGUGUGUGUCAACCCACCUGAGACGGUGAAAUCAGCCCACUUUAUUCCACAAUAAGAGGUGCCAACAGAGGGACAGGAUGCCUAUUCCUCCCCCUCCCCCUCCUCCCCCUGGACCCCCACCCCCACCCACCUUCAAUCAGGCAAACACAACUCCUCCUAAACUGAACUCCUCCGACGCGAAAGGCAGAGGGGCACUGCUGACAGACAUCUGCAAAGGCGCCAGGCUGAAGAAAGUCACUGGGGUCAAUGACCGGAGUGCUCCUGUUAUAGAGAAAUCAGGAGGAGGAGGAGGAGGAGGAGGAGGAGGUGGUGGUGGUGGUGGAGGUUUUGGAGGCGGAGCUCCAUUGGGAAUGGGGGGACUAUUUCAAGGUGGUGUGCCAAAGUUACGCCCAGUUGGAGAUGGUUCAUCAGGAGGUUCAGUAGGCAGAUCUGCACUGAGGCCUCCAGGGUCCCGUCCUGCGGCCCCUCGUCCUCCAACAGGUCGCUCCUCCUCUCCCUCCCCAGCCAACAAGCACUCUCCAUCGGAGCAUCAUCACUCCCACCGCCCCUCUCUCCCUGACAUCUCCCAUGUCUCCAGCAGCAGCUCAUCCACUGGCAGCGGAAUGAAGCACAGUACCUCUGCCCCGCCCCCUCCUCCACCCUUCAACAGGGGGGGCCGCAACAAUGCUCCACCCACUCCUAAUCUGAAAGCACCUUCUUCAUCCUCCUCUCACAGUAGAGAGAAGCCCCUCCCCCCGACACCCAACAGAGGCCCCACACCGCCCAGCUCUGUGAAGCCACCUUCCUCCAGCAGACCGCCAACAGGGGGCUCCUCUGCUCCUCCACCGCCCCCGCCAUACAGACCACACACAUCAGUUGGCAUGUCCAAUGGGCCGUCCCAUGUAGAUGGUGGCGGGGCUCCCGAGCUGCCACAGAGGCACAACUCCCUGCACAAAAAGCACACAUCAGGAGGCGGCACCCAUGGACGCAGCCACGCUCCUCCUCCUCCCCCUCUCUCUUCAUCGCCAUCCUCUCAGCAGGGCGCCAGACCUCCACCACCUGCUAGAGAGCCGCCAGGCCGCAGAGCAGCUCCCCAGGUGCCCCCUGCUGGGUCUCGAAAUGGAGGUCGAGACGCGCCACCGCCGCCUCCCCCGUACCGCAUCAACAGCUCUGGGAACUCUGAGUCCCAAAGCCGAGGGGGGAAACCGCCCCCUCCUCCCUCCUCGCACUCCUCCAUCUCAUCCUCCUCCUCCCGCACCCCAGCUGGACCCCCUCCACCUCCCCCACCCAUCAGGAAUGGCCACUCCAUCAUCUCCUCUUCCAAGUCCAUCAUAGAUGAUUUUGAAUCCAAGUUCAACUUCCACCCGAUUGAUGAUCUUCCACCUCCAGAGGAAUACAGGCAUUUCAACAAGGUUUACCCCAGCAAGAACAGCAAGGCCAUGAUGAGAGGAGCUCCUCCAGCACCACCAGUUGGGAGGUGAACCAGCCUCGGCUCAGGAAAUGAACUCUCAGUCAGCCGCCUCGUCAAACAGUCGGGAGGAAGUGAUGAAGACCCAAUUGAAACCACACACUAUGACACACACACACACACACAUAUAUAGUAACACUAAACCAACAGCUGGAAGCACAGUGGCCAAAACACGAAACACUACCACUUCGCGCAGGGUUUUUACAUGUCACUGCGAUCACUUUCUCACAUUGCACGAUUGAAUAAAAACCACUCGGCGGCGAGAAGCCGACUCAACCUCCGUGACUGCAUCCAGUCAACGUCUCCUCUGCCGACUGGACGCAGAAACCUCUGUCCUCAAACAUAUCAGGACCAAACUGCGGACACUUCCACAUCUGUGCAUUCCACCUUUUUUAAAAUACAUAUUCAUGAUGAUAAUGGUGUUUUUUUUUUUUUUUUUCAUUCUCUGAAUAACACUUUAUUUUUAAUAUUUUACUUUGGUGUCAGCAUUAAUUUGUGUUGAGAGAAGAAAAAAAUGUCACCGUACAAACAGGUGAAAUUGAACCUGUCAUCCCACAGAACUGAUGAUGCCACAACUGUGGGUAUGAGUGUCAUUUUUAAUGUUAGUUUUUGUCAAAGUCAUUCCAGCAGUGCCAGGUGAGGGUGUGUUUGAAUCAUCUCUCAGUCUCAUUGUGCCAAAAGUGGGUGGAGUCAAAGUGCAGAGUGAGGAAUGUCCUUUUUUUAUGUAUACAGCUAUAUUUUUUUCUCUCUUUGAUCUUAAAGUGGAAACAUGGUCGAGGCUUUUCAGAGCCAUUUCCUGCUCCUCUUUUUCUUCCCCUCUACGAUGUUUUUAUAUUUCUAUCCUCACGAAGUGUUGCAUGGCAGAUGGACUGCUCAACUAGGACACUGUGCACAAUGCUCAUUUAUGCACUUCACACAUCAGGAUUUAGUUCAUGUUGAUGUGAUGUGACAAAACAAAAAAAAAAGAGUAAUUCCUGAUUGUUUUACGGCAUGAUUCCACUAUCUCAUGUUUGAGUAAUUGCCAACACUGGUAUCAGUCUGAUUCUGUCUUUUUACCAUCUUUUUGAAAACCAUCAAGCUGCUCAAGUGGUAGUUCUGGUGUUUGGAGUGAGGUUGUAUGAAGUUCUGACACAGUUGUGACUGCUUUGUGGCCGCUCACUGAAAACAUGGCUGUCAGUGGGGACACAAGAAAAAUAACACUUAAGCCAAAAGACUCCUAAUAUAAGCUAAACUAUCUCCCGGUGUAGAAACCACAUUUUGUUGGUCACUCCCUCCUGUACCAAAGUCCAUAGAGAAAAUCAGUGUUUUUAGCUCAUGGGGACACAGGAGCUGCUGCUCAUCUGCUGCCUUUUUGAACAAAGGAUUCCAAACACCAAAAUCAAACAUUAGAACUUGCUGAUGGAGGCAUUAAUGGAUCAACAUCUCUUCUGUGUUGUGUUGAGAGAAAAAGCAGCAAACACAUUCACGUGAUAAAGUGGACUUGCUGGUGGAGAUGAGCCUUUUAUUAAGUAGCCACAUGUUCCUGAAGGCAGCCAUGUUUUCAGUGAAAGCAGUCAUCUGUGUCAUACGGAGGUUUUAGGUACACGGGCCUCUCACUGCACAGUCAUCAACUUACACAUCCAUACUGCCGUGUGACUCUGGUCUGUGCGUGGAACCUGAAAUAGUCCGCACAGCUUCCAUGGUCACUGCAGUGUGGGAGACUGGGGUGUGCUGCCCUCUCUGGUCACACGGCAGCAUUGUGCUGACUGGGGCAUUUUUGUAAUAUUUCUGGUUUAUGGAUCAUAUUUGAUUUUUUUUCUGAUAUGUGAUCGUGUGAUUUUGACGAGCAUCAGACUGACACUGUGCGUGGGAUCAGCUGAGCCUGAGGUUGUUGGAUUAACUUUAGCCAACAUCUUUCUCCAAAUACAAAUUAUGAGGAUAUUUAACUGGACCACCAUGUGACGCUUUUAGCAUAUAAGGGAUCAUUUAUCACUUUUCUGCAGAUUUUUAUUUAUCUUCACUCUGUGGUGAAUUCAUUGGUUUUCCUUUGCUGCUGGUGGGAAUAUUAAAGACUGUGUUGGUGAAUUGCUAUGCAGUUUGUACAGAUUGUAGCUGGUAGCAGCUAACCAAAAAAAAAAAGAAAGAAAAAGGAACACUUAAGUGCCAGAUAACCGUUAAAGCAGGUGGAGGUUCUUUACUAUACUUAUUUCAAAAUACUAACUCCAUCUUCAGGUCUGUGAUACAGCGCCUCCUGCUGGUCUUUGCCUUACACUAAUCUGUUGUCACUCUCAUAGGUACUGGUGCUUUAUUUGUGGGGGGUUUUAUUGAUGUUUUUAGGGGUAAGAUGAUGGCAAGAUUAAAUAAGACAUGAGUCUCUUUGAAAAUGCAAUAAAUAUUGUAUAUUUACGUAAUGGAAUAUGAUAAUCAUAGUUGUUCUAUUUUAUUUUGUAAAAAGGCUGUAAAAUAGGAAAGAGAGCUGGUUAAGAUGAUGAAACAUGUUCCAGCAGAGGGAGCAGGGAGGACGUGUGACACUUUGCAGUGAACAGUGGGGGAAAAAAACCCAGUUGGCAGUGAAACUGGUGAAUGUGGCGAGUGAUGGAAGAUGUACAGCGAUGACUACAACACCUCCUGUCCCGGGUUUUAUGCUCACUUUGACAUUUUCUUACUUUGUUCAUGCUAAAAAAGUGGUCAUUUCAUGUUAAUCAACAUCUGUUUUUAUUCUUUGAAAUCAUUUGAAAUAAAUGUAUUCCUGUUGGGGAAAAGGGAAAUUGA